AUGUCCAGAGGAGCCCACGACAGCCGCGGACUGGCCACCAAACUCACCGUCUUGGCGCGGCUCGCCGUCGCAUGCCUCGACAAACCCUCCCGACGUGCCUCCUUUAUCCGCGCCUAUUCCCCCAGUGUCGUGGCGGUAACCACCGCUCGUGACGACGACUCAACCCCUGCUACUUCGAGAUCCGCCACCCUGUCCCCCUCACCCCAACUAGCCCAGGAGACCUCCACUCCUACAUCGUCGCAUUCGGGCGUCGAUAAUGCGAUGGACCUAGCAAAGUACGCCGACGGCGAGCAAGAGCCUUCCGCGCGCCGAGCGAAUCUCGACUUUGACUCUCGGCCCUCGGGUGCGGACCAAGCCCGGUCUUCGCUGACGACAGAAUCCGACCGGAGCCUCGAUUUCAGGGAACUGGAAACCCGCGCCGACGAGAACUCGGCUACAUCUCUCGGCCCUGACUACCCAAACUUGCGGGCCAUUACAACAUCCCCGUCAUCCUUCCUCCGGCCGGGCACUAGGUUCCACGGAACGCAACAAUCGGAGCGGCAAGUAUACGACGUGUCAGUAGAAAUCAAGCAUGUCGAUCUUAGGGAAUCCUUCCUCUGCGGUUACCUGCGCAUUCAAGAUCUUACCGAAGACCACCCGACCUUGACGACAUAUUUCGAAGGCGAGAUCAUCGGAUCCAAGUACAAUUUCAUUACGAAUCACGAGAGCUGGGGUGCGACGGAAAAGGUAGACUUGAGCCACUGGGCGAAAUUUAGCGCGUUCCGGCCAUAUCAGCGCCAGGCGCGCAAAGGCCCAGUCUUCAUCCGGGAUCUCGCCCAACAAGAAAACAUAUUCAUGAGGUGGAAGGAGCAUUUCCUAGUGCCUGACCAUCGCGUGACGACCAUUCGCGGCGCUAGCUUUGAGGGGUUUUACUACAUCUGCUUCAACCAAGUCAAGGGUGAAGUGAGCGGCAUCUAUUUCCACUCAAAACUCGAGCUCAAACAUGUAGAAGACAAGGGCUGCUUUUGUGCCCUCGAGUUCCGAUGA